AGGACAGGCCUGAGAACAGCUAACUCUGACACACAUCUCUGAGCUCGUCUAGGGAAGCUUUCUGUCAGCUCGAAGCAGUGAUGGACUUCCUUGCUGGCUGUUUAGGAGGAGCUGCCGGUGUUCUCGUCGGACAUCCCUUCGACACAGUGAAGGUUCGACUGCAGGUCCAGAGUGUGGAUAAACCUCUUUACCGAGGAACCUUUCACUGUUUCCAAUCCAUCAUCCGGCAAGAGUCCAUGUCUGGCCUUUAUAAAGGCAUUGGUUCGCCCAUGAUGGGUCUGACCUUCAUCAACGCCAUCGUGUUCGGCGUGCAGGGCAACACCAUGCGCAGGCUGGGCGAAGACACGCCGUUGAACCAGUUCCUCGCCGGAGCGGCGGCCGGCACCAUCCAGUGCGUGAUCUGCUGCCCGAUGGAGCUGGCCAAAACCCGAAUGCAGAUGCAAGGGACGGGCGAGAAGAAGUCCUCCUCACGGAAAGUGUAUAAGAACUCGUUGGAUUGCCUUGCUCGCAUCUACCAGCGCGAGGGAAUACGCGGCGUCAACAGGGGAAUGGUCACGACUCUAAUCCGGGAGACGCCAGGAUUCGGCGUUUACUUCCUAGCAUACGAUCUCCUGACGCGCUCGCUCGGUUGCGAACCGGAGGAUCCGUACAUGAUUCCCAAACUCCUGUUCGCUGGCGGGAUGUCGGGAAUCGCGUCUUGGCUUUCCACGUAUCCCGUGGAUGUGAUCAAAUCCCGGCUCCAGGCCGACGGCGUCGGGGGAAAGUACCAGUACAGCAGCAUCAUGGACUGCACGAGGAAGAGCAUCCAGCGCGAAGGCUGGCGAGUUUUUACUCGUGGACUUACUUCCACUCUCCUCCGGGCCUUCCCGGUCAACGCUGCAACGUUCGCCACGGUCACCCUCUUCCUUCUGUACGUACGCUCGGACGAAGCUCCUAAAGAUUGCGAGACGGCUCCUCGUCACGCGCCGAUACAAACGCAGCCGUCCAGUCUGUGAGUAACUUUCUCCAGUCACUCGUCUUUGACUUAGUUUUGAAGUAGAGCACUUCUUGAAUCAUGGCUGUUACUAAUCAAAC